AAGACAAAUUCCCGCUGUCACAGUGGCCCCUUUGCUGGGGAAUUUAUUUACUUUGGAUGCCGCCGCCUUAUCGUCCAUGGAAAUGUUUAUCCCAAAUAUUUAACGGCAGCACUGCACAAACUGAGGCUUCCUGGGGAGCACCCGGAGCAGGGCCCACCUCUCCCCUCCUGGCGGUGCAAAAAUUCAGGAAAAUUCCUCGUUUUUCCCCAAAAAUCCCAUCCUCAGCACCCCCAAAAUUGAUAUUCCUUAAGCCAGCCAGAGGCCUCCUCAGGGCUCCCUGAUGAGAAACGCAGGAGAGCCCUGGAAAGGAACAUCCCCACGCCGCUAAGUCGUUAAGCAGAGGGAGCCUGCAAAGUGCCAACACUCCUGAGAGAAAAGAGACAGAGGAGGGAGGCAAAUCGCAGCUUAUUUAUAACGCCAGCAGCACCAGGGGCUCUCCAGAUCCUCCUGCACAGCCGCGGCAGGGAGGUCACUGCCGAAACCGCGCCGAGCCGUGCCGUGCCGUGCCGAGCCGUGCCGAGCCGCGCCGGGAGCCGGGGCGGGCACGGGGCGCUGCGGCUCGGAGCCUCCCCCGCGCCCUCCCUCCCGCCCAUGCUGCCGGUGCCACGGCACAGCCCGCAGCAGCCCCUGCACAGGAGGAGCGCAGCUCGGUCCCUCCAGCGCCAUGCCUCGGGCCACCACCCUCAUCCUCAUCCUGGCCGGGCUCUGCGGCUCCUCCGUGGGCCAGUACAACGAGGAGGAGGACCUGGCGUGGCUCCAGUACUACCUGCGGCAGUCCCGCGUCUCCUCCUACAACUACGUGCCCUACUACGAGGAGGAGAGCCCCGCGUACGCCUACUCCUACCCCUCUGCCACCGACACCGAGCCCGAGCCCGAGCCCGCGCCGCAGCAAGCGGCGCCCUGGCGCUGUCCCCAGGAGUGUGACUGUCCCCCCAACUUCUCCUCGGCCAUGUACUGCGACACGCGCAACCUGCGGUACCUGCCCUUCGUGCCCUCGCGGAUGAAAUACGUCUACUUCCAGAACAACCUCAUCACCUCCAUCCAGGAGGGCGCCUUCGACAACGCCACCGAGCUGGAGUGGCUGGCGCUGCACAACAACCAGAUCAGCAGCGAGAAGAUGGGCAAGAGGGUUUUUGGGAAGCUGCAGCGCCUGGAGAGGCUCUACAUGAACAACAACAACCUGACCAGGCUGCCCGGCCCGCUGCCGCGCUCGCUGCGCGAGCUCCACCUCUCCUACAACCAGAUCUCCAAGGUGCCUCCCAACGCUCUGGAGGGGCUGGAGAACCUCACGGCGCUCUACCUCAGCCACAACUUCAUCUUCGAGAUGGGCGCGUCCCUCAAGGGGCUCAAGUCGUUGAUCCUGGCCGACCUGAGCUACAACAACCUGAGGAAGGUCCCCGACGGGCUGCCGGCGUCCCUGGAGCAGCUCUACCUGGAGUACAACUACAUCAACGCCAUCCCCGACGAUUACUUCCAGGUGUCGCCGCGGCUGCUCUACGUGAGGAUGUCCCACAACAGCCUGACCAACCAAGGGCUCUCCAGCAACACCUUCAACAGCAGCAGCAUCCUGGAGCUGGACCUCUCCUACAACCGGCUGCAGAAGAUCCCGCGCGUCAACACCAACCUGGAGAACCUCUACCUGCAGGGCAACCAGAUCGACGGUGAGCAGCGCUGGGAGAGGGCGGUGGGGACCCGCGGGGAGCACCCAGGGGUGCUUGGAGCGGGAAUUUGGGGUUCCUGAGCGAGGCAGGGGUGGGAGCUGGCCCGGCCUGGAGGUUCCUGUGGGAUCGCUGCGCUGGGUUUUGGGGUUCCCGGGAGCCUGAGCAUCUCCUGGGGCUGGAGAGGGUGGAAAGCAGGGGAUGAAGUAAGUCAGGGGGGCCAGGAGGGGUCACGGCAGUGGGCAGAGCUGGGGGGUCCCCAGAGCCACGCUGGGGACACGGAACACCCAGGGCAGUGCCAGCACAGGGGACAGGGACAUUUUACAGUGCCCACACAGGGGACAGGGACAUUGCCCAGCGGCAGAACAGGGGACAGGGACACUCUGCAGUGCCAGCACAGGG